UGGUGCUGCCGGUGACCUCCGACCCCGCCGCCGCGGGGUGGGGAGGCCUUAGCUCCGGGCCGGCGGCGGCUGCUGCAGCGGGACCCGGGAGCGGGGCCCGGCGCCGCCCGGGCCGCGGGGCGAUGGCGGGCCGGCUGCUCUGACACCAUGGGGAGCUGCUGCAGCUGCCUGAACAGAGACAGUGUCCCAGACAACCACCCCACCAAGUUCAAGGUGACGAAUGUGGAUGAUGAGGGGGUGGAGCUGGGCUCUGGAGUGAUGGAGCUGACGCAGAGCGAGCUGGUGCUGCACCUACACCGGCGUGAGGCCGUCCGCUGGCCUUACCUCUGCCUGCGGCGCUAUGGCUACGACUCCAACCUCUUCUCUUUUGAGAGUGGCCGCCGAUGUCAGACUGGCCAGGGGAUAUUUGCAUUUAAGUGCUCCCGGGCCGAGGAAAUCUUCAACCUCCUCCAGGAUCUGAUGCAGUGCAACAGCAUCAAUGUGAUGGAAGAGCCGGUCAUCAUCACCCGCAACAGCCACCCAGCAGAGCUCGACCUCCCUCGGGCCCCCCAGCCUCCCAGUGCUCUAGGCUACACCGUCUCCAGCUUCUCCAAUGGCUUCCCUGGCUGCCUGGGAGAGGGUUCGCGCUUCUCAGCGCCCCGGCGCCCCUCGACGAGCAGCCUGAGACACCCCUCACUGGGGGAAGAGUCCACCCAUGCUCUCAUUGCCCCCGAUGAGCAGUCCCACACCUACGUCAACACGCCAGCCAGUGAGGAUGAGCGCCGCCGGAGCCGGCACAGCCUGCAGCCCCUGCCUGAGGGCCGGGCCCCCCUUGCCCCGCAGGCCCGGGGCCCCGACCAGCGGGACCCACAGGUGUUCCUGCAGCCGGGUCAGGUGAAGUUCGUGUUGGGCCCCACCCCGGCUCGGCGGCACAUGACCAAGUGCCAAGGCCUCUGCCCCGGUCUGCACGACGCCCCCCCCCACAACAAUAACAACGAGGGACCUUCUGAAUGCCCGGCCCAGCCCAAGUGCACCUACGAGAACGUCAGCGGGGGGCUGCGGCCGGGGACCGGCUGGAGACUGAGCCCGGACGAGCCGGGAUGGAAUGGCCUGGCCCAGCGCCGCGCCGCGCUGCUGCACUACGAGAACCUGCCUUCCCUGCCCCCCGUGUGGGAGAGCCAGGCCCAGCAGCUGGGGGAGGAGGCCGGGGAUGAUGGGGACUCGAGGGACGGGCUCACACCCUCCUCCAACGGCUUCCCUGAAGGCGAGGAGGACGAGACCCCACUGCAGAAGCCCACCAGCACCCGGGCUGCCCUCCGCAGCCACGGCAGCUUCCCUGUGCCGCUGACCCGCCGCCGAGGCUCCCCGAGGGUCUUCAACUUUGACUUCCGCCGGCCAGGCCCCGAGCCCCCCAGGCAGCUCAACUACAUCCAGGUGGAGCUGAAGGGCUGGGGUGGAGACCGCCCCAAGGGGCCCCAGAACCCCUCCGCUCCCCGAGCCCCUGUGCCCACCACGCACCCUGCCCGCAGCUCAGACUCCUACGCCGUGAUUGACCUCAAAAAGACCGUGGCCAUGUCCAACCUGCAGAGGGCUCUGCCCCGAGACGACGGCACCGCCAGGAAGACGCGGCACAACAGCACCGACCUGCCUCUGUAGGGACAUCCCUCCACCCGCCCGGCAGCCUCCGCCUCCUGCUGCAGUGCUCUGCACCCGCACGCCGGGGUUCAGGGUUGCUUCCCAGAAGGGCACUGAGGUGGGACCCGAUGCUUCCCCGCACUGGCCAGAAUCCCCAAAGAUAUCAGCCACUGAGUCUCCCUGUCUCCGACCUGGGGACAGAAGAGGGUGACCAGGCGAGGGGGGAGCCGCGACGUAAACUGUGAAGGGGCCCGUGAUCGCAUUUCGCACCCUCCCGUUAUGUCAUCUGUCUCGUCUGUCUGUGUGUUUUUUUUGGUUGUGGUUUGGAAACAUUUUGUACCUGUUGAUUUUAUUUAUCAGUUUAUUUUUCUAUUUAUUGUUUUAAAUGUAAUUUAACAUAUUUAUUAUUAAUAUAAUUAUUUUUAAAUUCUGA